GGGCGGAAGGAGCGCCAGGCCGGAAGGAGGCAGCGGGAGGGCGGGCGGCAGGAGUGGGCCCGGAGCUGCUGGGCCGGAGCGGCGGCGCCGCCAUGUCCGACAGCGAGAAGCUCAACCUGGACUCUAUCAUCGGGCGCCUGCUGGAAGGCCUGUCCCCGGACCUGCAGUCCAUGGAGCAGAUUCGGCGUAUCAUGCGGCCAACAGACGUGCCUGACCAGGGCUUGCUAUGUGACCUGCUGUGGUCUGACCCUGACAAGGACGUGCAGGGCUGGGGCGAGAAUGACCGUGGUGUCUCCUUUACCUUUGGGGCUGAGGUAGUGGCCAAGUUCCUACACAAACACGACUUGGACCUCAUCUGCCGGGCACACCAGGUGGUGGAAGACGGCUAUGAGUUCUUUGCCAAGCGGCAGCUGGUGACACUCUUCUCAGCUCCCAACUACUGUGGCGAGUUUGACAACGCAGGCGCCAUGAUGAGUGUGGAUGAGACGCUCAUGUGCUCCUUCCAGAUCCUCAAGCCCGCUGACAAGAACAAGGGGAAAUACGGGCAGUUCAGCGGCCUGAACCCUGGAGGCCGGCCCAUCACCCCACCCCGCAACUCCGCCAAAGCCAAGAAAUAGCCUCCACGUGCCCGCACUCUGCCCCAGAUGGUGGAUUGUACAGAAAUUAUGUGGCCGUUGGGGGGUUCGUGCUGGCUCCCCCCAGGCCCACCUGUCACGGGGAGCACGGAGCCUUGGUAUAUUUUUCUUUUUCUUUUUUUUUAAUGAAUCGAUAGCAGCGUCCAGUCCCCCAGGGCUCCUUCCGCCUGCACCGGCGGUGGCGACAAGCAGGACCCUGGGGCUGAGGCUGCAGCUCAGGGCAAAGCAGGGCCAGAUGUGGGUUUCCAGCCUCGCUUGGCCUCAGGGCCAGCAGACAGAUCCUGGGGCGACCCAUCUGGUCUCUUGAAUAAAGGUCAAAGCUGGAUUCUC